AUGAGCGAACUCCUCCGGCAAAUCCAAGACGCGGCAAAGGGGAUCCAGACAUCACGGUCGUCAAAAGCUCCGUCUAAGACUGUGGCGACAUCAUGGGCGCAAGUUGCGGCACAAGCCAAAGGCUCCGUGCUCCCACCCCAGCAGGGCCUGCAUACCUCCAAGACGCCAACAACAGUCACAGCAUACAAAGACCGAGUGGUCAUGGUCAAGCUAAAGGACCACGGCAUCGCCCGGCGCUAUCGAAAUAACUCUGCCGCGUGGGCUCGACAACAAGUUCAAACCACCACGCGCGACAACGAGGCAACCAAGUUGAUCAAAAUCGUCGCAGCACACCAGCUUAAGAGCGGCGACAUACAAAUCUUCGCCAGCACCACGGCAGAAGCGACCCAACUGAAGGAGAACAAAGGAUGGCUGAAGGGUCGUCCACGGUGUCGCCAUGAAAGAGACCACCGAAAACCCAAGGACACACAAUCCUCCCAGAACUAUCAGCACCCAGGAGGCCCGAAUGCCAGCACCAGCGAUCCCGGCACGAAGAACAAGGCUCAGACCAGAGGACGUCACGGAGCCCAUGGCGCCAGAAAGCAACACGCCUGCGCAGAAUGA